GCAGCACACUUCAUCAAUAAGAGCCAGCGAGGCUGUGAGCUCUGCCACACUGCCUUCAUCCAGCACAGGAGGAAGAGCAAAGGCAGAGCCUGCCAGAGAAGCUGAGAUCUGCCGAGGGUAAGGCUGCAUCUCGCAGUCCCAGCCUUGAGCUGCUUUUUGCUGCUUUUGCUCCCUCAUUCAGAUCAUCCCAGAUAAUACCCUAACAAGAACAAGAAUGGAUGUCUUUAAGAAAGGUUUCUCCAUUGCUAAAGAAGGUGUGGUGGCUGCUGCAGAAAAGACCAAGCAGGGAGUGACAGAGGCUGCAGAGAAGACCAAAGAAGGGGUAAUGUAUGUAGGCACCAAGACCAAGGAGGGUGUAGUGCAAAGUGUGACCUCAGUUGCUGAGAAGACCAAAGAGCAGGCCAACGUGGUGGGAGAAGCUGUAGUAGCCAGUGUGAACACAGUGGCAAACAAGACUGUAGAAGGAGCAGAGACCAUCGUGGCCACUACAGGAGUUGUAAAAAAGGAGGACCUGGCACCGCCGCAGCCGCCCGAGCAGCCCAGGCUGGAGGGAGAGGGGGCCCCAGCAGGAGAGGGUGAAACUGGAGGUGAUGCAUCAAGUUAGGGAAUUCUUGCUCAAAAGAGACCAUUCCAAGAGCAUACAUGGAAGUAUUAGCUGACACCACAACAGGAAAAUCCCACUGUCCAUAGACUAAUUGCAUUCAGCUCUGUAGUCUUGCACUUGCCUCAUAAACCAGUCAUACAAUAUAUGUAAGCCAGACUCCUCACUUGUAAGUAACGUGCAGGUGUGUACUGGGCUGUGUGUCUUUCCCAGCCUCCCUCCUGGCCUCCCAGUUGCUUUGUAUAUUUUGGUUGGACUCACAAAUCUGUGUCUUGCAUCCAUAUGCACUGGCACUUGGGAUCUCUAGGCAUUAUGGAAUUUUUUUUUUUUAACUAAUAAAAAGUGUUUGAACAA